AGCCCGCCUGGCCCGGAUUUAAGCGCAGCCCCGCCGGCCGCGGCGCGCUGAGCGCGGGGCGGAAGCGCCCGGCACCUCCUUCCUCCUUUCCGGGCGCAGGCGACGAGGAUGAGCCAGAGGGAUACCCUGGUGCAUCUCUUCGCCGGCGGAUGUGGAGGUACUGUUGGUGCAAUUCUGACAUGUCCACUGGAAGUUGUGAAGACACGAUUGCAGUCUUCCUCUGUGACUCUCUACAUCUCUGAAGUUCAUCUCAACACUGUGAAUGGUGCUGGUGUCAACAGAGUAACCAGAGUUUCUCCUGGACCUCUCCAUUGUUUGAAGAUGAUCUUGCAAAAUGAAGGCCCUCGUUCUCUGUUCAGAGGUUUGGGUCCCAAUUUAGUAGGCGUUGCUCCUUCCAGAGCCAUAUAUUUUGCUGCUUACUCAAACUGCAAGGAAAAGCUGAACAGUAUUUUCAAUCCAGAUUCUACCCAGGUACACAUGAUUUCAGCUGGUGUGGCAGGUUUCACUGCGAUCACAACAACUAAUCCCAUUUGGUUGGUAAAGACACGAUUGCAGCUUGAUGCCAGGAAUCGUGGAGAAAAACGAAUGAGUGCUUUCGAGUGUGUCCGCAAAGUUUAUCGCUCAGAUGGCGUUAGAGGCUUUUACAGAGGAAUGUCAGCAUCCUAUGCAGGCAUAUCUGAGACUGUCAUUCAUUUUGUUAUUUAUGAGAGUAUUAAGAAAAAACUGCUGGAGUAUAAGACUGCUUCUCCCAUGGACAAUGAGGAUGAGUCAGCAAAAGAAGCAUCGGACUUUGUUGGAAUGAUGAUGGCUGCUGCCACUUCCAAAACCUGUGCAACAUCAAUAGCAUAUCCCCAUGAGGUUGUACGAACAAGACUAAGAGAAGAGGGAACAAAAUACAGAUCUUUCUUCCAGACACUGUCUCUGCUCGUGCGGGAGGAAGGGUACGGGUCCCUGUACCGAGGCUUAACCACGCACCUGGUCAGACAGAUCCCAAACACAGCUAUCAUGAUGUCAACCUAUGAAGUUGUAGUCUACCUGCUCGAUGGAUAGCAGUGUGUGAUGAGGCUUCCUGGAAGAAGGUGGAAGAUGGAAAGACUGGAGUGGACCACUGAAUGUCAAUGCCAAUGUGGUGGGCAAAAGGAACGCUAUAUCAGGAACAAGCAGCUGUAGAGAAAACAGAAGGUUGAUUGCGGGCAACUAUGAAUAAUUUUGCUGCCUUACUGUGUGGUCUCUUGGCGGUGUGACAAAUGGGAACUGCCCCUUAGGGAAUGCCUUCAUACAUCUCUUAAUUCAAAAUUAUUACUUCCUUUUCAUCAGUUAAGCUAAACAAAGCCAUGGAGUCAUCUUCAGAGACCUGAUGGAUGAGGGAGGGAAAGAUAUGUUUUUGGGCAGCCUUAUUCACUUCUCUUAGUGAUUGUUCUGUUUUACUUCAGAGUAACCUGUUGGAAGAAUGGCCAAGACAGUACUUUUGUAGAUUUCUAUACCUGAAGAUUCAUAAGAGACUGAGGUAGUAGUCAGUGUGUCAAGUUUUCCAUGUUGCUACCUCAAGACAAAAUACGGUUCAGGGACCCAGAACAGAGUUAUUUCUUCACUACAAAGGAUGAUACUUUUUGUAGUUUUUUAGUUUGCUUAUGGUUGGGUUUUUAUCCCCCUUAAAUUUUGAGCAGUGUUGUAGGUUAGCAAGAGAGGAUCUGAUUACUGAACUCUCUUCAGGUUAUCAGUCUGUUAAUACUGGAUGUAUUUGGAUUUCAAGUUCUGAUGCAUUAUUCUUUUUCUUUUCUGGAACUUUUCUUAAGUUAGGGAGACCUAUGAAA